AUGAAUAUAAACUGCACAAGUUCAGAAUCAGUGACAGGAAUAGUAAAGGGUUCACAUGAGUUCAAGCUAAAGGGUUAUUCUCUGGUUAAGGGAAUUGGAGUGGGAAGAUUUAUUGCAAGUGAGACGUUCAAUGUUGGAGGGUAUGAGUGGGCUAUACACUUCUACCCUGACGGUAUAGACACCCACGAACACGCCACAGUUUAUGUCUCGGUUUACGUUGCGCUACUUUCCGAGGCUGAUGAUGUUCGAGCCAAGUUUGAAUUGUCCAUGCUAGACCAAAGAGGGGAAGGGGUGGACUUUGUCCUUGGUCACUUCAAUGGCACCCUCGGGACUAAGCCUCACAUUUUAUCAACCGGGGAUAUGUGGGGGAUUAAUCGUUAUUACAAACGCUUUCACUUUGAACACUCAACGUACCUCAAAGAUGAUUGUCUUCAACUAAAUUGCACUGUUGGGGUUUUGCCUACCAAAGUAGAGAAUUCCAUGACUAUAGAAGUUCCUGAAUCUAACAUUGCAAAAAGUUUUGAGAUGCUGUUUGAAGAUGAACAAUCAUCUGAUGUUACUUUUUCUGUUGGAGGAAACAAGUUUUAUGCACAUAAGAUUGUAUUGGCGGCUCGGUCAAGUGUGUUUAAAUCUCAGUUUUUCGGUGGAACCGACAAGGUUGAUAGAGAGAUUCUUGUUAAUGACAUGGAGCCCAAGGUUUUUAAGGCUUUACUUCAGUUUAUAUAUAAAGAUACUCUUAUAGAAGAUGAAGAACUCCAUUUGUCAGUGUCUUCAUCCAUGGCUUCUCUCUCAGAAUUGUAUGUAACAAAGGUUCUGGCUGCUGCACACAAGUACGACUUACCAAGGCUAAAGUUGAUGUGUGAAUCUGUUCUUUGCAAACAUAUAUCUAUAAAUUCUGUUGCUCAUAUUCUGGUUAUUUGUGAUUGUUAUGAGGCCACCGGAUUGAAGUCCACAUGUCUGCAAUUUUCAGCAGAAAACCUUAAUGCUGUGCUGAAAUCUGAUGGUUUCAAGCAUAUUAAAGAAAAUUGUCCAGAUCUUAUAUUUGAACUGCUAAAGACUGUGGCAGCAGGAAUUGGGCGUGUGAAAUCUUCUUAUGGUGAUGAUGACAGUGAUGCAUCAACACCUGAGCCUAAUGAAAUAGAAGCUGAGAGCACAAGUUAUAAUCCUUCCAGUGAUGAGGAAAACCAUGUGGGUUGGUAG